AUGGACACGGCCGUCAAGGAUGAGGAGAUGGACGACGAUGACGGUGCCGUCGUCAAAGAUGAGGAGAUGGAUGGUGGGUGCUCCAAACGCCAAUUCGACAAGCGGGUGCCGCCGCCCGAUAUGGUUCACUUCGCUUCGCCGUUUUAG